CAGGGAAGAAAGCUCAGACUUUUACCUUUCAAGAACUUUCGUUAGCUACUGGAAACUUUAGAUCGGAUUGUCUUCUUGGUGAAGGAGGUUUUGGUAAAGUUUUCAAGGGAACUAUAGAUAAACUGGAUCAGAGUUUUUUGGAACGGUUGGCGAUACUUCCUUCUGCUAGGUUGUUGCUAUCAAGCAACUUGAUCGUAAUGGUGUUCAAGGAAUCAGGGAAUUUGUGGUUGAGGUAUUGACACUAAGUCUUGCUGACCAUCCAAAUCUUGUCAAGCUUAUCGGGUUUUGUGCUGAGGGUGAUCAGAGACUUUUGGUCUACGAGUACAUGCCGCUUGGAUCUCUUGAAGAUCAUCUGCAUGAUCUCCCGUCUGGUAAAAAACCUCUUGAUUGGAACACUCGGAUGAAUAUAGCAGCUGGUGCAGCAAGAGGUCUGGAGUAUCUGCAUGAUAGAAUGACACCCCCUGUGAUUUACCGGGACCUUAAAUGUUCGAAUAUUUUGCUUGGUGAAGACUAUCAACCGAAACUAUCUGACUUCGGGUUGGCUAAAGUAGGACCAAGCGGGGAUAAAACCCAUGUCUCCACAAGGGUUAUGGGAACAUACGGAUACUGUGCUCCUGACUACGCUAUGACCGGUCAGCUCACAUUUAAAUCCGAUAUUUACAGUUUUGGUGUAGUCCUUCUCGAGCUUAUCACUGGAAGGAAAGCAAUUGACAAUACAAAAACGCGUAAAGAUCAGAAUUUGGUCGGAUGGGCACGACCAUUGUUCAAAGACAGGAGGAACUUCCCAAAAAUGGUUGAUCCGUUGCUUCAGGGACAAUAUCCGAUAAGAGGACUGUACCAAGCACUAGCAAUAUCAGCAAUGUGCGUUCAAGAGCAGCCGAGCAUGAGACCAGUGGUAUCCGAUGUAGUACUGGCUCUCAACUUCUUAGCCUCUUCGAAAUAUGAUCCGAAUAGCCCUGGCAGCAGCAGCAGAAAACACCAAUCUUUUCACAGAGAUAGAGAUGAUGAAGAGAAGAGACCGGACCUUGUCAAGGAAACCGAAUCUGAAGGGUCUUCAUAGGAGAGAUCCAGUAAGCGAGUGGUUAAUCCUAGUUUUGGCUUUUCACCAAGAAAUUGGGGAAAUAAAUAUAAAAUCAGCUCAGGUAAAUUUUUAACAUCUCUUGUGGAUGUAAAUCUUGACUCGGCGUCUUUGUAUGUAGAAUGCUUUCUUGUGUAGAAAAAAAAGAAAGAACCAUUUGUUUUGGGACAUAUAAUAUAUACAUAUAUUGAGCAAAAACAAACUUCUUUUGAGACA